CUCUAUCUACAGGAAGACGGAAGCAAACGCCGAGCGCCUGCAAACUCAUCGCUUGAAUCACCGAGGAGGGCACAAGGACAUGAACCAAGAGCUCGGGACUAUGACUUCUGUGGAUAGUUCAUAAACCGCCAGCCUAUUACCUUAUUACGUCCUCCCAGCGUUACUGUAAACCUUACAUUAACGUUUGACGCCGUUGCAUCCACACAGACAGGAACAGAAUGGCAUCGAUUUUGCUCACCAGAUCUCGGACUCCGUUGUUGAAAACAUCCAGGUCAUUAAAGAACGAAUUCAGAAAAGGAAAGUUGUCAGAAGGCGCAUGCUUUAACUGCACGGCACUGCGGUUAGCCACAAACAGUCCUGGUGUUCUUGGAGGAAUCGUCUGGCCUCAUGCAUCAUCUGUCCAAUACCUGGACAACUCCUCUGUGCUUCAGCUACGCUUGUCUAGAUCUCCUCGUCUUUAUUGUGCCAUCUUAGUACCUGACCCUGCCCUGCCAGUCCACUCCCGCUCCACAUACCACAGAACAUUAGCUUGGCCACAGAACGCCCCAGUCCGGUGGGUUCAUACCACAGGCCGCCUGCUCGAUGAUUCAAAGGUGGAGCGCUCUUUACGUACCCUGAAGGAUCGAAAUAAAAAGCUGGAGGAGGGCGGACCAGUGUACAGCCCGACGGUGGACGCUGAACCUGUGCGACGGACAAUACGGCAGCGUGUUAUCGAUGAGGUGAAACAUUACUAUCACGGCUUCCGUCUGUUGUGGAUCGACACGACCAUCGCUGUGCGGAUGCUGUGGAGGGUGUUGAAUGGACACAUUCUGUCGCGCCGAGAGAGAAGACAGUUUCUGAGGACGUGUGCAGAUGUCUUUCGCCUCCUGCCCUUCCUGGUUUUUAUCAUCGUUCCGUUCAUGGAGUUUCUGCUUCCUGUCGCACUGAAGCUCUUCCCCAACAUGCUGCCAUCCACCUUCGAGACACAGUCCAAAAAGGAGGAGAGGCUGAAGAAAGAGCUGAGAGUGAAGUUGGAGAUGGCCAAGUUCUUGCAGGACACAAUCGAGGAAAUUGCACUAAGAAACAAAGCAUCCAAAGGCAACGUGACCGAAGAGUUUUCCACUUUCUUUCAGAAGAUCCGGGACUCUGGAGAGAUACCCAGCAAUGAGCAGAUCAUCCGUUUCUCCAAGCUGUUUGAGGACGAACUGACUUUGGAUAACCUGACGCGGCCGCAGCUGGUGGCUCUGUGCAAACUGCUGGAGCUGCAGUCCAUCGGUACCAACAAUUUCUUGCGCUUCCAGCUCAUCAUGAAGCUUCGAGCCAUCCGUGCAGAUGACAAGCUGAUAGCCGAGGAGGGAGUGGAUAGUCUGACUGCGAAUGAGCUGCAGGCGGCGUGUCGAGUGAGAGGAAUGAGAGCUCUGGGGGUGACGGAGGAGAGACUGAGAGAGCAGCUUAAACAGUGGUUGGAGCUUCACCUCAAUCAGCACAUUCCCACAUCUCUGUUGCUGCUGUCCCGAGCCAUGUUUCUGCCGGACACACUGUCUCCCGCAGACCAGCUCAAAACCACACUACAGAACCUGCCAGAGAUCAUGGCUAAAGAGGCACAGGUGAAAGUAGCAGAGCUAGACUUCUCUAAAGUGGAUAACAAGACCAAGCUGGAGACCACGCUGCAGGAAGAGGCGGCCAUCAGACAGGAGAACAGAGAGCGAGAGCUGGAGAGACUGGCUGAUGCUGCAGAGAAAGCAAAGGAGCAGACACAGUCACAGGAGGCUGAGGUGCUGGAGGUGGAAGGAGAACGACGGGUGGAUGCAGAACACGCUCUGUCCAGUGUAGAUGUGGCCAUCCAUUCAGAAACACUACGAGACACUGCACCAGUGCUGGAGGGAAUUAAGGGCGAGGAGAUCACUAAGGAGGAGAUUGACAUGCUGAGCGACGCUUGCACCAAACUGAAGGAGCAGAAGAAUCUCCUCACCAAAGAGAAAGAGGAGCUAGAGGACCUGAAGGAUGAUGUGCAGGAGUACAGUGAGGACCUGGAGGAGAUAAAGCGAGAGCUGUCCAAGACUGGACAGGAGAAGGCCGUGGAGGAGUCUAAAGCAAGUCAGCGACUGUCGAAGCGGGUAAACCGCAUGAUCGGCAGAAUGGAUAAGAUCAUCACUGAGCUGGAGAAGGACAAGAUGGUGCUAGACGGACAGAUGGACAGCGAAACCACACCACCAAUUGGGGAGAAUCUGAUAAGCAUCAACGAGCUCAUUACAGUCAUGAAGCAGAUCCAGAACAUUCCUGAACACAAGCUGCUCAGCAUCGCAGACGCACUCGACGAAAACAAAGAUGGCAAGAUAGACAUCGAUGAUGUCAUCAAGGUGGUAGAGCUGAUUGAUAAGGAGGACAUUGAUAUCUCCACCAACCAAGUUGCAGAGAUCAUGGUGAUGCUACAAAAGGAGGAAAAGCUGAUGGAGAAAGAGAAAGCCAAGGAGAAGGUCGAGAAGGAACAGGCAGCUAAAAUCCAAAACUAGACUUACAAUGUAGGAAAUUGAAAGGAUUCUAAAGCCAAUGAAGCUUUUUUGGUCCAUUAAUAUGUUCAGCUAGACUGAAACAAGUGCUGAGCUCUCAUCCAUAUUAACUCAUAUAAAAAUUUGCUUUGCUUUCUUCAAAUAAGACUGAAAGUGUAAAGAAUGAAUUGAGAAGUUUAUUUAUUAGAAGAAACAAAAAAGUAAAUUAGGAUGGAGCCUUGCACAUGAUGUAAAAAAAAAAAAAAAGAAAAAGAAAUGAAGACUGGUUUUUGUUUCUAUGAGUUCCACUUGUUCUUUCAUUUUAGGUAAAUUGUGGACACUUUGUACUAAUUCAUAACCAAAACCAAUGAAUUAAUUGCUUGUUUUAAUUUAAUUGAGGUCAUUAUAUGGCUAAAUUAAAACUAACUAGUACAACGAAGCCAUGAUUUAACCAAAAUGAGGGAACAAAUCAAGUCAUAUGCACAAAUUCCUCUUUUAUGGCGUUCCCUCAUUAAAUUUUGCAGAGUUUUAUAAAAUCAGAGAGCAAUUUUGAAAGAAAAUGUGUUCAAAACCUCUUGAAACUGAAGUGUGUCAUUGUUGCGCGCCACUACUUGUACAAAACUUACUGCAAACUUUCUAGCAAUAGCCUGAGUUUAGGGCUUAAAUAUUUUUGUGGCACAGAAAUGAUACACUUUAGCUGUAAGAUGCAAAAAUAUACAAAACAAGAAAAUAUUAUUCCCAUAAAAAUAUACCCUGACAGUGAUGUCAUUUCCUGUGGUCUGAGGUCAUUUCCUCUGUUUGCACAUCACAUCCUGUCAUUAUCAUUCCACUACUCAUACAG